CAUCUUUCAUUGAAUAAAGUAUGCGAGAUGCGAAUACUAUUCGCCGAAUAGUAUUAGUACACAGUUUACUGGCAGUAGUCGCAGUGGCUUAAUAUGCAUUGUUGCAGUUUUAGUUAUUAGUCAACACUCGCUACUUACUAGUCGCUCGGUAGGAGCAUUACUGUCUAGUCUUAACUACGUAUUGACGUAGUCGUCGUUCUUCGGAUUUGAUUAGAUGUACUGUAAGACUUCAUUGUCCUCAAUCGUUUAUACUUACAUUUCUCUAACUUUUGAAGUGCAUUAAAAAUUGACAUUAUUACGCGCCAUGAGUUUAAAAUUAAUUUUUUUUAUUAAAUAUUCACAUAGUUUGUCUAUCAAUAGUACUUUUUAAAAAAAGUGAUAAUGGAACCUGUAGUUAAUUGGAAUCCACGAGAAGUGUCCAAUUGGUUGGAGAAAAAGGGUCAUAGUAAAUAUUCUCGAAUACUUACAGAAGAUCAUUGCAUUGAUGGCCGUGCUCUAUUACUUAUCAAUGAAGCUGACUUAAAAAGUCCACCUAUAAGUAUUAAUGUCUUAGGGGAUAUAAAAAGAUUAAUGUUGGAUAUUCGUCAGUUAAAAGUAGAAAAUCGACAGACCCUUUUACAACUUGGAUUUGAUCCUAUAUCGCUACUUACAAAACCUGUAUGCGGUGCACAUGUUUAUGGAACUCAAUUUCGACCAGAUCCAUUCAAUUUUUAUGAUGAUAUACAUAUGAAUCAUGGAUCUGAUGUAACUGCCACGUCUUCCCAUAGUUCAGAAUUUGAAGAAGAUAGACGAUUAAAACCUGAGAUAUGGAAAGCUCUUAUUGCGAUGGGCUACCUGUUCACUGUAACGUGGAUUACGGCGUUCGUCAUGGUGAUCGUCCAUGAUCGCGUGCCUGAUAUGAAGAAAUAUCCCCCGUUGCCCGACAUUUUCCUGGACAACGUGCCUUACAUCCCUUGGGCAUUUCAUAUGUGUGAACUGACAGGCACCGUGUUGUGUUUCGUAUGGCUCGCCGUAUUGGUCUUCCACAAGCAUCGUUUCAUAUUGCUGAGGCGGUUUUUCGCUCUUUCGGGUACAGUCUUCCUGUUACGGUGCAUCACAAUGAUUAUAACUUCCUUGUCCGUGCCGGGGACACAUCUAGAAUGCACACCACGGAAGAAACCAGCGUAUCUAGAUGAUGGAAAUUUUUUGGGUGAAAUGGUGUACAAAAUGCAACAAGCAUAUGUGAUAUGGAGAGGAGCUGGCAUGUCGAUACAAGGAGUUCGUACUUGUGGCGACUAUAUGUUCAGUGGUCAUACGGUGGCAUUAACCAUGUUAAACUUUUUCAUAACUGAAUACACUCCACGUGACAUAUAUUUGUUACAUACGUUCAGUUGGCUCUUAAAUAUGUUCGGUAUAUUUUUUAUACUUUCGGGUCAUGAACAUUACUCCAUUGAUGUAUUCAUCGCCUUUUACAUUACGUCAAGAUUAUUUCUAUACUACCAUACAUUAGCUAACAAUCAAGCAUUGAGCAACAACGUUGAUUCUUGUCGAACGCGAAUUUGGUUUCCAUUGUUUAGUUUCUUUGAAUCUUCAUGUAGUUGCAUGGUACCAAAUGAAUAUGAAUCGUUGACAGAAAUUGCGGAAAAUCUUGCGUGUUCAACUUACAACAACUAUUUAGUCAUUAAAUCAGCUAUCAAAACUCAGAUUUUGCUAUUGCGGGCACUGCCGUCCAAUCAAACAGUACAAAUUGGUCCAACUUCUUUAGUUGGCGCACGUGCAACAAUCAGGUCAAGAACACCGAUUGUUUUGAUUAAGAAAAAAGAUAAAUAAUCCAGAAUGCAAACGUGAACGCACAUAUUUUUUGUCUCGUUAUAAAUUCAAAAAGUUGAUUUUUUAGAUCGAUGCACAGAGUAUAUACUUAUAUUUAUAUUGAAUUAAAAAUAAUUAUUAAACAUUGAAUUUUGUGAUAUAAAUGUAAUAUUUGGAAGACUAUGAGCCAAAUAUGAUUAUAUUUUAUUAUUAUUCAUUUAGUUAUAUUCAUCAUUAUAUUGUUAUCAUAUUGUUGUAUGAACAACUUCUUAAUCACUUCCAUUUCCUCGGUAGUGUUUAAUAAUUUUCUAAUUCUAUACAUGAUUCCUACUACUUCAUUUUUUUUUUAUAUAAAACAAAAAUAUUAAUGAUACUAUUAGAUAUUUUUAAAUCUGUUAUUUUUUAAAUUUUUUAUUAUUUGUAAUGAAUUCCUAUAAGUAAUAAUUCCUAAUUAGUAGUUAUUUUAUUGUAUAUUUUAUGUUAAUGAAAAAGUUUACUGGUCUUCUUAGUAGGCACCUAAAAUAUAUUUUACUACAUACUUAAAAUUUAGUUAUUUUAUCAUAAACCAGUCAUCAUCAACAAUAUAUUUAAUAUUUCUACUAAAUGUAAAAAAAUAUUUUACCAACAAAUAAGUAUGUAUGUUGUUUAUGUAUGUUGUUAAAUAUUAUAUACAUGAUAUUAUAUUCAUACAUCAAAAUGAAUAUUUUUUUAUUUUUCUGCUACUUUUCCAAUUCAAUUGUUUAUUUUAAUAUUAUACUUAAGCAAUUUGAAUGAUAAAUAAAUAUAUUAUUUUCAGUAUAUUA